AUGGGUGAUAUAGCCGGACGUUGGCAAGUUGUGCUUGCAGAUGGUAUUCAUACAGUAGAAUUUGAACAUGGUACAACAUCUGGUAAACGCGUGAUUCGUGUUGAUAAUAACGAAGUUCUUCGUCAUAGUUGGCUUUUUAAGCUUGUUGGUACAGAAACUUUUAAAAUUGGUACACAUAAAUGUACUAUUACUAUUGAAGCUGUUGAUAACUUUGCUUAUGAAUAUUCACUUGAGGUUGAUGGAAAACCAUUGGAAAAAUUUAAUAAAAAUCGUUCUAAAAUAAGUCGAACAUGGAUAUUAACACUUGAUGGAGUAGAUUAUCGUGUUGUUUUUGAAAAAGAUACAGUUCAUCUAUGGGUUAAUGGUCAAAUUAUUGAAGCUGAAGUCAAUUUCACAGAUUAUGGAACAGAAACCGUUUUUGAAAUCAAUGGACAUCCAGCUGUUUUGAAAGCUGGCUCAUCUAAUCAUCCUCGUUCGGGAAUUCAGCAUAAUUUAUUUGUUGAUGGAUGCCUAGUUCCUCAAGCAGAUGAAUCAGAAAUCCAAUAA